AUAAAAGCUAAGUGCCGAAUCUCCACCAGUAUCAUUCGAUCAUUUCUAUUAUUCAACUUAACUAGUUCAAGAUGAAGCAGGUUGUUCUUGGUUUGGCUCUCGUCGGCAUCGCGGCAUGUGCUCGUCUUGACUACCUCCCCCCUGUACCCCUAGGCUUCAGAGCCGGGGCCGGAGCGGGAGGUUUUCCAGGAGCCGAAGCUCCCGGAGUAGGAGGUGCUGGAGGUGGCGGCUUCGGCGCUGGUGGUCCCUCCGGAGGACGUCAAGUCCCAAUCCUUCGUUUCGACGAGAAAAACGACGGAGACGGCACCUACAGCUACGCCUACGAAUCUGGAAAUGGAAUUCAAGCACAAGAACAAGGCGACGCUAGAGGUGACGGAACACGAGCUCAAGGAGGAUUCUCAUACACCUCCCCCGACGGCCAGCAAGUCCACAUCUCCUACACCGCCGACGAAAACGGAUUCGUACCCCAAGGAUCUCACAUCCCAACCGCACCACCAAUCCCGGAAGAGAUCCAGAGAGCCAUCCAGCAGAACUUGGCCGACGAAGCUCGCGGCAUUGUAGAUGACGGCCAGUACAGGGAAGACUUCUCCGGGCAAUACAGAGGCGGCAACGGUGCCGGAGCCGGAGCCGGUUUUGGCGCUGGUACUGGCGCUGGGGUUGGUGCCGGAGUGGGCGCCGGUGCCGGAGCUGGUUUCGGUGCCGGUGGUAGGCCUGGAGGUACAAGUUACAGCCAGAACGGAGGAUACAGAUACUAAUUUAUUCUGCUUCGAUUUUGUGAAGUGUUUUUGUACCAUUUUGUAUUCUAUGUGCAUAGUGAGAUUUCGUAUAU